AUGAGUUCUUUGAGACGUAACACCUCUUAUCUUGGACUCUCCCCAAGAAUUUCCAGAUUAUCAAGGUCUAAUUCCUGUUCAUCAAAACUUACACCAAGAACUAGGAUUAUUAGUGACAGCAAUGCAUGGACUGCCUUACUUGUUCCUUUAAUGAAUGACAUACCAGAGGCAACGUUCAAAACAAUGAUACAUAUUUCAAUGGGAGUAGAAACUAAUAUGUCUAAUUCCCAAUUAAUAUUUUCAUAUUUUGUAGAGAAUGAAAGACUAGCUGAAUUGAUUGAGUACAUUGUCAAAAGAGAAGUUAUUUCUAACAUUGAAGAGAUUUUGCUAAUAUUCGAUUCUAAUUCUUGUUUUGAUGUUAUGAUGCAAAUGUUUGCAAUGAAAGAAAUGGAUACAUUUUUUGAAAAUGUUGUACUUUCUAUUACACAAAAAGUACAUAAAUCGAAGUACAAGUUUAGUAAUGAUGACAAAUCCAUCACAAAGAAUAUAAAGAAAUUAAUUAAACUUCUUCGUAUUAUUAUCAAAGAGAUUACUGAUUUAUCAAAAUACACACCAGCAUUCAAAUAUUUUAUUCAUGAAUUAGUCAAAAUUACAUUUUAUGAUUAUCCAUUACAACACUGUCGAGCAUUUGAAGUGUUUAUGGGUGGGAUUUAUCUAGAAAAGAUUCGAUUAGUUCCAAGUAAAUCAACAACAGAAAAACAAACAAUAGAAGUCAUUAGUCUAUUUAUUGAUAAUUAUAUUCAUCCAAAACAAACUGAAUGGAGUCAAUUAAUAGAAAAAGAGUUUAAAGAUAUUAACCAAGAAAUGGACUAUUUAAAACAAAGAAUAUUAAAUCUUCAAACAGAAAAAGAAGAUUGUGUCAUUCAAUGGAAAAUACCAACUGCUGGAUUUACUGAAAAAUUAUCUAAGUCUAUUGAUGAAAUCAGAAAUUAUAUUUCACCAGAAAGUCAACAACUAAUUGAUAUAUAUUUUAAUACAAGUCAACCAAUGACCAAGAGAUUUAAACAAAUUGUAAAUGAAAUUAAUCAGUUAAGUAUUAAUAACUUUAAUGAAAAAUCAGGAGUGUUGUAUAAAAUGUCAGUCAUCAAACAACGAAUUAAAGAUGUUAAUGAAGAGAUUAGAUACCUCAAUGAAUGUUUAAAUACAUUAGAUGAAAAAGAACAAUUAAUAAAUGAAUCAAGUGAAACUGAAGAAGUGUUUUCUGGAACUGAUGGAAGUAACUCUGUGAUGAGCAAUUUGACAAAUGGAAUUGACAGUCAAAGUAUUAGUCAAUCAUCAUCAUUUAUUCUUAAUUGA